UGUACAUUAUGUUAAUUACCAUGUACUGUAAUUUUUUUAGGGUUCAUUUCAUCAUAUAGAAUGCAAAAGCCUAGUGAAAUAUCCGAAGCGAUUGAACCUUUGCCACGCGAGGGCCAGGAAAGCGGCGAAACAGAUGAAAUAUUGAACCAGCUAAAAUCUGUCGCUCAACAGGGCUUGGAGUGGAUCAGCAAGGCUAAGGGUGCAAAGCAGCAAGAAUUGCCCCCCGAGUUAGUCGAGAGAGAAACCGAGGAAUUAAUAUCAGCGAAAAAGGACGAAGGAAACCUAGAGAAAGCCAAGCAACUGAUGAAUGAAGCACAAGAAAGCGUGCAAGCGUCGAGCAACAAGAAAGAUAUGAAAGACAGAUUCGUAGCUGUUUUACAUGCUCUUGAUUUGCCACCUGACUCGUUUGAAAAUAUAGCCCCGAGCGAAUUGUUAAAGGAGCUGAACGAAAUAAUCGAGCAGAAGAGCAAAGUUAUAGAUUCAGAAUUUGUAUCAAACGAAAAAAGCGACGUGGAUCUUGUUACUGAAGCCAGUGGAGGACGUGCCCUCUGUGGCAUCUAUCAUUCUGAGUACGAGUCUCCGAGACCUGCGGGUCAGCCUAUCUUGUUGGUACCGACAGACGUGAACAUGUUUGGGGCGGGUGAACGCAGUCAAAAAAGGUUUGUAGUAUACUUUUAUGGAUAUUCAUAUUACCUAAAAUAAUCUAAAACGCUAAGGAAAACGACAUCGUGUGCAUAUCGCCUAAAUUUUGUUUUCGUUUUUGUUUUUGUUUUCUUUUAUUUCAUGGCAAAAUGACGAUGAUGAUGUUAAUUAUGAUGAUGACCAUAACGAUGAUGACGAUGAUGCAGUUUUUUGAGAUUUACCUCUAAAGGAGCCGCAACCAAUUUUUUCUCAACCAUAAAGUCGACAAGCAGCAAUGUCGGCGCUGCUAUAAAUGGAUUCGGUGGCUAUUUUCUCGCAGAGGGUUCGUUCGGAUCCGAAUUCAAACGGACAAGCCAACGUACAGUGAAAUCCUCGUGUACCAGCGUGUCGGUCCUGCAGCACUAUUCUAUAACGAUGAAGCAAUUCCAAAUCGAAGAAGACAAGAUGAAUUUGACCAAACCUGCACUACAACUUGCUACAGAUAUUGGAAGGGGCAGAGAGAGUCAGAACAAAGCACGUUCCUUCAUGACAUUAUAUGGUAGCCACAUACCUUCCGGAGUCCACAAGUUGGGUGGAAUUUUCUGCAGCAUCGCAGACGCUGAGAGUGACACCAGCAUCGAAACGUCCAAGUUCACCAUGGCAGCCGAGGCCAGACUACAAAGUACAAUUUCCGCGGGUGGACACUUUGGUGGAGCCUUUUUGAUAGGAGGCAGCGUAACCGGCGAACACCACAGUUCUUCAGGCGAAAUUGAAGCAAGUCAGGCGGAGAAAAAUAACGCCACCUAUAGAUUCUCAGUUGAGGUCGUCGGUCCGUUGGCAUCUAACCCUGUGACGUUUGCACAGCUCUUGGAGUACAAGUCGACCUGGGCUAUUAUCGGCCGCGGACCACCUGAGGGCUACAUACCAGUGUGGCGGUUGCUACGCAAACAAGGCAAAGAGUUUCAAUCAGCCGCCGAUGUGCUCGAGAAAAUCUGGAAAGAAGACGAGGAAAAGAAGAGGAGGUUGUGGGAAGAUAAAAUGGAAACAGUGAAGAAGGAUUUGGAAGAGGAAAUAAAAUUGAAAAGAGUAGAAGAAGAGCUGCAAAGAACGAAAGUGGAGUUUCUUAAAAGGGUAGGUAUAUGUCAUGCCUAUAUAUUGCCAAGCCUAGAGGGGUAGCUAGUAGCCUCUUUCGCAGACGUAGUUAGUGGCAGAAAGGCCCCACCUCACAUUCGCUAUACAUUUGACUUCCCGGCAAUUAACCAAUCACGACCAUCUACACGAUAAUUGGAAGAUCGACCUUCAAUGACCUUCACAUGCAUGGGCUAUUAUUAUCAACAUGUCUAGCUGUAGUAUUUUUAAAUUUGAAAGUUUAACACUCCGCAUCAGAAAAAGGAUUUUCAGUCUAUUAUAAACGAAAAGAAGGAUGUUUUUCGUAAAUCUCACAACUGACGCAGGAAAUCACUUAUUUAUCACGCCGAAUACCGAAGCUAUUCGAUGUAUAAAUAUUCCGAUUUAAAUAUUUAAACAAAUUGUAAACAUUGUCAUUGUAAACAUUUAGUAAUCGUGGUUUCGCCAUUGAUAAAUUCAAUACGAGAUCAAGUAAAAAAACUACACGAUCUGGGAGUCAGUACUGUGUCAUUAAGUUGAAUCGAGAGCGAUGAAGAAGCGAAGGCAUUGGAACAUUGAGGGAAAUAUUCUGACUGUAUCAAUAUGGCACAGCAGAGUCAUUGUUGAAGAUCGAUCGAUGGAGACGAAUGCUUAACAACGAAGUGUACGUAUAGCAAAAUGGUUUCUGCGUUGGCUAUUGAUGCAUGAAGCUCGUGUGAUUAAAGAAUGGUAUGUAUUAUAAUAAAUCCUAAAAAUGUAUUCGCUUUUGUAAUUCUCAAAGCCACAGGAAUCGAUCGGGCUUGGUCAUGUUUUAAUAGUCGUUAAUAUUUUCCCCGAGCCAGGGUACUAAUUCCCCCCGGGUAUUUACACCAGGGGAAACGAAAGCAUUAGCGAAGUCUAAAGUUCAUCAAUGAUCGCGGGCGUGACCAACGAUCUUGAAUGGGUGGUCAUCCUCACUGAUCUCAAAAAUAUGGCUGAUUGCUUAUAGGAGUGGGAUAAGCAAGAUUUCAAUUUUAAAAGACAUAUAUUUGGAAAAUCGUUUCAUAUACAACACGCUUGAAGCAAUUUUGUUUGAAGAAAUGAGAAGAAUUGAUUUACUAUGGGAAAUCGUGAAAUAUACGGCAAGUUUGCUUUGAAUAUUUAAUGUUUACGAAUUUUGUUACUUUAUUAACUUUUUGCCUAAAAACAUGAACUGUUUUCCUUUUCAACGAAGCUCUAAGUUUCACAAAUUACCGUUUAAUUUGAGAAGAACAAAUUGAUUUGAAGACUGAACUGAAGUUGGCCUAACAAUUUGUUUAAUUUGUAUUAAACUUAUUAUGUUUUAUGAAGUAAAAACAGUUUAUUGGCAAAAUGUAGUUUAGUGGAAUGAACAUUUCAAAACAUUUUACGAAGCGUUUCAAGUUAAAUUUUACAUUAAAUCAAGGCUCACGAAAUGCAAAAUAAUAUACCUACAGUAUGUAUUUCGGAAAUUUAUUGUUGUAUAGUUAAAAGUACGUGUAUUGUGUAUACAUUUUAGUAAUACACGUAUCUGUGAUCAAAAUUUACAUGGAUAACAUUUUUCUUUCAUCGCGAGUUUAAUUUUUGAGCGAUUAUUUGUUUUAUCACGGAGUUUUGAUGUGUUAGGAAGCGCCAAUUGCUUCGUUAAGUGUUAUCAUCUAGCGCAAUCGCAAGCAAAAUAUGAAUAAAAUAUGAGUGCUGGCCGUUCUCGUUCUAAAGAGUUUUCUAAAUGCAAAGAAUUAGAAAGUCAACAGGAUCGGAGGAUGAUAACCCAUCUCUUUCCGCGUCUUCUGAUGAAGAAACCGAACGUAGAGACCUUAGCGAUUCGGCAAACCAAGGUAGGUGCUUUUACGUUUUUAAUUUAUAGUAUACGGGUAGUAUAGUAUAUUUAUGACUUUAGCGACUCAACAUAUUGCAUAUUCUGUUUUAUAAGCCAGUAAAUCACUAAAUCCUAAAGUGAAGAAUGUGUUAAAAUAUCUAAGUUAUAUAUUUUACUUUAUACUUAUAUUGCAGACGAAAGUUUUGGUGAAGAACACCAACCAAUAACAGUCUUGGAUAAAAAUAUUAAUGAUCAUCAGGUAUAUUUAUAAUUUCUACAUAAAGACUAUAAUCUAUAUAUAAAGUUUAUCAGUACUAUAAAGACUGUAUAUACAGGUCAAGUAUUUCAAACAUAACUUAUAUUGUACUGGAUUUUACGUAUUAACUGCUAGGUUUCAAACUUAAUGUCAGCUAAUCAUUCACAUACGAAAUUCAUUUUCCAGGGUAGUGCUAAAUGCAAAAAUAUAUGUUGUGCUGAAGACUCAAGCGAACCUUUUCAACCACGUUCUAAAACUAUCCUGGAAAAAACAUCUCAAGCUUCUGGUGUUGGAAAAAAAUUUCGGGUUAGCACAUUUCAAGUUGUUUGGAAAAAUAAUUAUUCUUGGAUUACAUUAUGUGGCACAAUUAAGCUAUUUGGUCUUCUGCCACUAAAAGCUAAGCAAAAAGGAUUGUUGACAUUCAGUUCAAAGCAAGAAAAAGCCUUCACUCUGGAUAGUUUUGGUAAUUGGAAGAAAUCUCUUCAGCGGUUUAAAGAACAUGAGAGUAGCCAAUGUCAUAAGGAAAGCAUGGAGAAAAUUAUCCUAAUGCAUCAACCUUCAGUUGCUAGUAAGUUAGCAACUGAACUUGAAAAUUCUCAAGCAUUGCACCGCACAUUGUUGAAAAAAGAGAUAUCUUCCAUUAAAUAUCUUCUGACAAGAAAUGCCUUUACGAGGUAAGAGACAAGAAGGCUGUUAUUGAUUAUUUGAUUUGGUUGUCCACACAACCAAUACAUGUACACUUGGCAUGUUUUAUAGGUUAUUUAAAUAUAAUUUUAGGACAUAAAGAUAAAGACGGAAACCUAUAUCAAAUGUUGAAAACUAGGGCGAAGAUGUCCCAGAAAUUUCAAAGUGGUUGGAGUUAAAGCGUUAUUAGUCUCCUCAAAUUGUAAAUGAAAUCAUUUCUAUAAUGGGCCAAGAAGUUCUGCGUGGGAUUCUUGUAAAAAUCCGCGAGGCAGGAUAGUUUUGUCUUAUGGCAGAUGAAAUUAGAGAUAUCUCCAAUAAGGAGCAAUUGGUUGUUUAAUUUGCUGUCGCUAGGUAGAUGAGUAUUAUAACAUCUACGAAGAUCCGUUAGGUCUAUUCCAAAUUUCAAGUUGCACAGCUGAUUCAAUUGUAUCUCACCUAAAGGAUGUUCUCGUUCGUUGUAUUUUACCUUUAAAUCAGUGUCGUGGCCAAGGACAUGAUGGAGCUGCGGCGAUGAGUGGUAGAUUUAAUGGUGUUUCCACUCAAAUUCAGCAAGAGGAACCACAGGCAAUACCAGUUCACUUCUUGGCCCAUAGCCUUAAUUUGUGUUUGCAAGAUGUGUGCAAGUCAUUUCGUCUGAUACAAGAUGCCUUAGACUUGGUCCGGGAAGCUGUCCAUACUGUCAACAAAUCGCCAAAGAGGGCUGAAAUCUUCAAUGAAAAGCAAAUGGAAGAUGAGGAAACAAUCUUUUGUGGCCACCAGAAUCUUAAACCUUUUUGCCCAACUCGUUGGACAGUUCGAAGUGACGCUAUUAAAGCUGUCUUGGACAACUACGAGGCUCUAAAAGAAACCUGCAACGAUGUUGUUGACGAAGGUGGAGAUGUUGCUCUGAAAGCAGAUGGUAUGCUUAGAAGACUCAAGAAGUUCUCAACUCUGUUUGGUUUAAGAUUGUCCUACCUUGUGUUUAGUCCCGGUGAAGAAUUUCUCGAACCUUGCAGAGUAAAGAUUCCAACAUCCAAGAGGCUAUUAAUUCUUCCAAUCUUACUGGCAAUUAUUACAAGCGCAUGCGUUCAGAUAAAGAGUUUAACGGUUUCUACGACCGCGUAGUAAAGGAGUCCAAAGGUAACACGAAAGCUCCAUUUCUCGCGCGGCAACGAAAAGUACCAGCAAGAUUUGAUGAUGGUGCUCCAGGGCAUGACUUCGGCAGCCCAAAAGCAUUUCACCGCCAGCAAUAUUUUGAAGUUCUCGAUCUUGUGUAUCAAGAACUUGUUCGGCGAUUUGACCAGAAAAGCUUCACGUUGCUUCGAGAUAUUGAACAACUACUUUUAAGAGCUGCCACGGCGGAACGUACGUUCUCAAUGCUCAGGAGACUGAAAUCGUACCUUCGCGCGACGAUGGGGCAAGAAAGACUAAACAAUAUCAUACUGCUAAACAUUUACCAGUCAGAGUUUGAUGAUCUUGACAGCAUGGAAUUGCAAAUAAAUUUGCAGCCUGUCACGAACGUAGAAGGGCCUUUUUUGGCUCCUUUGAUUAACAGUUGCGACUUUAAAAUUUUGAUAGUAGGACAAUUCUUUCUAAAUAUUGUUAGUUACAGUUUUGCUUGAUUCAUUGAUAUAGCUUGUUAUUAUAUUUGUUCUGAUAAAUUUUCAUGGAAGUGUCAAUUAAAAUAAAAACAAGUGUGGAUCGAACUUUUAACUUGCCUAGUCUUACGGAUCCAAAUUUUUUGGUGCCCUCAUCGCAUUAAUAUAUUAAAAAAACGCACUGCAUGUUUCGCUCAACCAGGUUACUGUCCGUACUGAUAUAGGUAGAUAGGGCUCUGAAAUGGCCAUUUCCAAGGAUCUAGAGCCUCUAAAAAAUAACGACUAUUUAAUAGAAUGGUCAAAGCCGAUCGAUUCCUGUGGCUUUGAGAAUUACAAAUGCGAACACAUGUUUAGGAUUUAUUAUAAUACAUACUGACAUGAGCUUCACGCAUCAAUCAAUAUAGCCAAAGCACAAAACGUUGUGCUAUCUAUACACUUUGUCUUCAACAAUGACUCUGCUGUGCCAUAUAAUACAGUCAGAAUAUUUCUCUCAAUGUUCCAAUGCCUUCGCUUCUUCAUCGCUCUCGAUUCAACUUAAUAAUGACACAGCACUGACUCCUAGAUCGUGUAGUUGUUUUACUUGAUCUCGUAUGGAAUUUAUCAAUGGCGAAACCACGAUUACUAAAUGUUUACAAUGACAAUGUUUACACUUUGUUUAAAUAUUUAAAUCGGAAUAUUUAUACAUCGAAUAGCUUCGGUAUUCGGCGUGAUAAAUAAGUGAUUUCCUGCGUCAGUUGUGAGAUUUAUGAAAAACGUCCUUCUUUUCGUUUAUAAUAGACUGAAAGCCUUUUUCUGAUGCGGAGUGUUCAAACUUUUAAAUUUAAGAAUACUACAGCUAGAUUUGUUGAUAAUAAUAACCCAUGCAUGUAUUGGGAUCAUCGUAGCAAAUCGUGUCCCAGGGUACCUGCAGUAAAUCAGCGCGGAACUGCGAUUCGGACUUCUUUUAUAGUUGGUCUAGAUUUAGGUAAUUCAAAUUUCCUUACAGCAUAGACUAAGCUAUGUUCGGAUAUACCAAGGUGUUUUUAUUUAUUUAUUUAGCUUUACCACACCAACAGUCGAAAUAUAUUCAGGUUUAUUUGUAAGUAUUAA